UCAUAGGAAAUGGAUCGUUUAUAGCACUGGGUGAGUUUUUCCCCUUGUACAAAUAUAUUUCCUAUGAAGUCCCAGCAGAUUUUGAUGCUUGAGAGGUUAGUAAAUUUUCUUUAAAAAAAUAAAGUGUAGGAAACCAAGACAAGUAAACUAAAUAACGUUAUGGUACGAUAAAGUUUUUCUGUUCUUAUUUCCUUUUAUUUCUAACCAAAAGCUGGCUUCUGAGCCUCACUGGGAUUCAUGGGGACAAAACUCAUUUUGCUUGGUGAUACUAAUAGGCAAGUGAUGUGGUGUAGAUAGGGGUAAUGCAGGCAGUUUGGGGUUACCCAGCCUUUCCUGAAGGGUGGGGAGUUGUCUAGGUAAAUGGGGAUUUUAAGCUACAAGAAGGUUGGUAUGUAGGUUGGGAAUGUGGUGGGCUGGCUAGAGAGACGCCAGAACAAGGUGUCAGGUUAGUGUUAGAUAUAUGAGUGUAAUGAGCCAUUGAGCAUUUCCAAAUGGUGAUCCCUCAGAUUUCGGUCUUGCUGUUGGGACUGAAUCUUAAGGGAAGGGUACUGGGAAGGUCAAAGGUGGUACCAGGUUUGGCAGUAUUCCUCACCUUGACGGUGGUCCAAACCAAGAGGCAGUAGUGCCACCAUUUAGUAGGCCUUCAUGGUUUGGGCUAGAAGGAAAGUAAGAAAGCCAAAUGUGCUAACAGUUUCUGGUUUGUACUUUUGGCUCAUUGUGGAAGAAGAGAGCUGGAACAAGGUUACUCCGGGGAUAUGAGUUUUAAGGCACCACACAGAUUUCCCAGUUUGGUAGAUAAUGGGUGCUGACAACGUGCGUUCAGGUCCUGGCUCUGCUGCUGAAAAGCUGUGUGGUUUAAGCAUGUUCCUAUCUUCAAGCCUGGUUGCCUCCUAUGUGGUGUACUUUUGUGGAGUAGGGAAGUAAAUCAUGAUUGGACAGCCCAGUGACUGGUUCAUAGCAGGAUCCGGGAUAGUUGUGACAGCUCCUAAAGACAGAUUUGGGGUUCAUGGGUAUGUAAGCAGUCAGUCAAGAUUGCCCAGGGACAGAAACAAAGAUUGGGAAGGAGUGAUCAGAGGUGGGAAACCAGGAGGUGGACAUGGAAGCCACGGAAAGUAUAUUGGUUAUUGUCAAGGUGUGAGGGAUAGAGGGCAGUGAGGCAAGAAGUGUUACAUGGAGCUUGGAGGUUUUAAUUUUGUAAAGGAGUGAUGGGCAUGUUUGGAUGCUUCUGGAAAAGCAACUAAUUGGAGGAAAGGAAUUCCGUUUUUGAGGAAAGAGGACAGAAUGGAGCCUAGAGAAAAGGAGGGAUUGAUAAUGUUUGCAUGAGGAGGAAAAAGAAGGGUUUAGAAGCUUAAUUUAUAGUUGGGCUGUGAGAAAAUCACUCAAUGGCUUGUUACACUCAUGAAUCUAACACCAACCUGCCACCUUGUUCUGGUGUCUCUCCAAGCCAGUCCACAUUCCCAACCUUCAUACCAGCCUUCUUAUAUCAGAGGUCUCUGAUCUCUGAAUUUCUCCAGUUAGAAAACAAGGUCACAUGCUGAGAAAGGGGGAUGAGGGAAUGUAGAUUUGCAGAGAAUGCAGGUUUGAAAUUGCUCGUGGAGGAGAGGGGAGAGUGCUGCUGUCAGAUUGCCAUUGAUCUGGAAGGCCCUUAACCAAUCCGUGUGCAGUCUGUGCUCAGAGGAUGAGAAAGCUUCAGGGUGGAAGCUGCGUUUACGCUGCACCUAGUCAGUACUGCAAUAUGGAACAGCAGAAAUUGGAAAUUCCAGUCUAGGGGACCUACAGGAAAGUGACCCAAAAGGAGUAGGAAAUACAAUAGGUAGGGCCAGAGAAUAAAGAUUUUUGAGCUAGGUUGGAGUCCUCAGGAAAAUCCAUCUGGCAGCAUAGUCUAGAUUGGGGGUGGAAGAGAUCAGGAAGUUGUUAAAAUACACAGGUACAAAUAAGAUGCAAAGGCAUGUAAUAGUCCACUCUGAUUAUAGAAGACUGCACACUUGUCCAGUGUGGGGAGAAUGGCAUUAGGAGAGAAUACUGGUUUCAGAGUCAGAGUUAAGCUUCAAUCCUGUCAUGCAGCCCUAGCUCAUUCUUGUACUUAACAUAAGCCUCAUCUAAAGAACAGGGAUCCUGAUCUGCCUUACCUUGUGGCAAGGAUCAAAUUGGAUGGAGUGAGGACAAAGUCCAAAUCCCCAACACCUAACAGUUCUUUUCACACAUUAGAUAUUCUGGGUUGAAUUAUGUUGAGGUAAACUUGUCCUCUAGGCAAAAUUAGGCUGUUGGGUAGUGUGCUUUUCAGAGAGCCUCUGUCCCUUCAGCAGCCUCCAAUUUCCAGGUAAUCAGUAUCUCCCAAUUGUGACACCCCACAAGAAUUUGUCUUGAAUUCCAUUUUCUCUACUUCACAUGUUUCUUUACCCCUCAUCUGUUGGUAUCUUGGUACCUAAGUUAUUAAAGUUACCUCUAGGUCUGUCAGCUAGCUGAUUUUUUUUUAUCCAGAAUAAAUCAAAUAAAUCUACAUUGUAAUCAAAUAUUGGAGUUGAGAUUAAAGGGCCCCUUGAUUAUCUCUACUACAAUUAUGGUAUCUUGCAAAGGAAACCACUGUGUAUUCCUUGCAGACAUUUUUCAUGCAUUUACAAUAGACCUAGAGUUUGCUUGUUUUAAACACAAAUCUUACAUUGUGCGUAAUCUGCAACUUAUUUCUUAUAAUACAUCUGGAGAUCUUACCUAGUCAGCCCCCAUCAAUCUACCUAAUUAUCUUAUGCAUAAUAAUCCCUAGUGUGAAUGUUCGAGUGACCUGUUGAAGUUCAUUGUGGAGGUUUGUUUGAACUCUAUUGAUAGACUUCAAGGAUAGUGCCAAUUUUCUUCUGUCAUAAACAGUACUUCUCCGAAUAUCCUUGCACAUUCCUCCUUCUGUACGAGUCAUUGUUUGAGGCACAUUACCAGUCAGUGCACUUGCUGGGUUGAAGAUUGCGUGUGUUUUUAAUCACUCCUUUGGUAGUGGUAGAUUCUACCAAUCUAGUAACCUUGCUCUAUCAGUUUACUUCUAUCAGCACUGAAUGAGGACAUUCCUGCCUCACAAUCAUGAACUCCUUUUAUCUUACAUUUCUGCCAAUCCAAUGUGAGAAAAGUAGUAUGUUAUUUUAAUUUGCACUUUCCUGGUCCAAUAUAACACUGAUUAUCCUAGCUUUACAUUCUGUUUAGCCAUUAAGGCAGGUCAUUAGAGUUAUCUUAAAUUUUUUUCCUUUGGGGGGCGCCUGGGUGGCUCAGUUGGUUAAGCAACUGCCUUCGGCUCAGGUCAUGAUCCUGGAGUCCCUGGAUUGAGUCCCGCAUCGGGCUCCCUGCUCGGCAGGGAGUCUGCUUCUCCCUCUGACCCUCCCCCCCCCCCCAUGUGCUUUCUCUCUCUCUCAUUCUCUCUCUCAAAUAAAUAAAAUCUUAAAAAAAAAGAAUUUUUUUUUCCUUUGGUAAACUUACACAUUUUCAGUUUCAGAUAAAUUUUAUCUUUUUUUAAAAGAUUUAUCCAUUUUAGAGGGAGAGCGUGCGUGCGAGUGGGGUGAGGGGCAGAGGGAAAAUUUCAAGCAGACUCCCUGUUGAGUGCAGAGCCACUGCAGGGCUCGGUCCCAUGACUCAUGAGAUCAUGACCUGAGCCAAAAUCAAGAGUUGGAAGCUCAACCCACCGAGCCACCCAGAUGCCCCUCACUUUCAGAUAAAUUGCUUGUCGAGUUACUUAAGUCCUAUUGGGAUUUUAGGAUUGCAUUGCAUUUAUAGAUCUGUUGGGCGUGGGGGCAUGCCACAUCUUUGCAAUACUGACUUCCAUCCAAGAACAUGGUAUAUCUCCAAUUACUCAGGUCUUAUAUGCUUUUCAGAAUUUGUAUAUAUCUCAGUUUUUCCUUGUAAUUUUGAACUAGAGCCUUUCUAAAUUGGGCAUUAAUGUAUAUAAAAGGGCUAUGAAUUUUUUAUGUGUCCACACUGCUGACCUUCUUACUAGUUCUAAUAGUUUUUUUUUUAGUUGGUUUUCUUGGAUUUUUAUUGACUUUUUUAAAAGUAAUCUCUAUGCCCAGUGUGGGACUCAAACUCACAACCCUGAGAUCAAGAGUUGCAUGCUCUACCGACCUAGCCAGCCAGGUGCCCCUAAUGGAUUAUUUAUGCAGAUGAUCAUGUAGACAGCUUCUCUCAUAAUAAAAUAGCACUCUACUUCAGUAGGUAAAGUUAGUCCCAGAAAAACAAUAGAUCCUUAGAUGUUUUAAUGGAUAAACACUGCAACUUCUUUCAUAUAUUCUUUGGUAUAUUCUUGCCAGUCCUUCAAAUAGAUGUCUUGAAGAUUACCAUCCCUGACAAGUACCACAAAGUCUUACCUCAGAUACCUGAGUGUUACAAGGCCCUCAAGACCAUUUUUGGAAUAAGCCUCAUUCUAUACUUCUGUAUAAAACAAAUCCUGUAAUUGUGGUGAGCUAAGGAAUAGAAGUCUGUAUCAAUUCUGAUAAUAGUUAAUCCUGAUUAUAGUUAUAUCAAUCCUACUAAUUGUUACUCAAAUAGUUAUUUAAAUUAUUUAAAUUCUUCGUAUUGGAUAUUUUUGGCUAUUUGAUUUUGAGAGAGUUGUGUUAAAACUCCAUUUAUAAGUAUGGAUGUGUUAAUUACAUUUCUAUCAAGCCAUUUAUGUGCACUGCAUUUCAUCACCCUAUAAUUGGACUUCUGUCAUCUCUGUUUUCCACCUGCUGACCUCUGGUGUAUUACCCCUCCUCCCCUACAUUUCCACCCCUUGUUUCUUGAAUUGGUUUGGAAGUCGCAUACCUUCUAUUUCUGUUACUGUUCAUCACAGAAUUAAACCAAUAUCUGUAUCUUUUACCUACCCUCGCUGAACAAUAUUUAAAGAGGCAACGUGGGGCACCUGGGUGGCUCAGUUGGUUAAGCAGCCGAUUCUUGAUCUCGGCUCAGCUCUUGAUCUCAGGGUUGUGAGUUCAAGCCCCACAUGGGACUCCAUGCUGGGCGUAGAGCCUACUUAAAUACAUAAAUAAAUAAAAUAAAAUAAAUAAAUAAAUAAAUAAAUAAAUAAAUAAAUAAAUAAAUAAAUAGGCAACACGUAUUUGGUUUAAUAUCCUUUACUAAUUGCUUGGUUUACCACCGCUGCUUCUGUCCCACCUCUUUCUCUUAGAUUCAUGCAUUUAUUUAUUUUAUUUUCAUAGACUGCAUCCUCCAGUAUUUCCUUCAGUUAGCAUUCAUGAAUGAUGAACUUUCUGAAUGCUUGCUUGUCUGAAAAUAUUCUUAUUUUCCUUUAUAUAUAUGAAAUAUAUUUCUGAUAGCAAACAUGCGGGUUUUUUUCCCCAAAUCAGCCAAUUUUCUAACUCUCUGAACACCAACUGGGUGUCCUACAAAUUAGUUUAGUUCUUUUUUUUUUUAAGUAGGCUCUAUGCCCAGCAUGGAGCCCAGCUUGGGGCUUGAACUCACGAUCCUGAGAUCAAGACCUGAGCUGAGACCAAGAGUUGGACGCUUAACUGACUGAGCCACCCAGGUGUCCCAAAAUCAAUUUAGUUCUGGCACUGCCAGAGUUAGGGUCGGACCCCACAGCUUAAGGGGUCUGCCCCACUUCAGAUGCUGAACGCCAAGUCCCAGGCCUCCUGCACUUCUGACUACCCAGCUAAGAGUUCCCAUGACCCCUUCCUCAGGUUUGAUAACUUAGGAAUGGCUUGCAGAACUCAGGAAAACACUUUACUUACUAUUAGCAGCUUAUUAUAGGGAUACGACUCAGGAGCAGCCAAAUGGAAGAAGUGCAUAGGGUAAGGUGUGAGGGAAAGGGCAAGGAGUGUACAUGCCCUCUCCAGCUCAUCACCUUCCCAGCACCUUGAUGUGUUCACCAGCCUGGAAGCUCUCUGAACUCCCCAGCCCAUUAGUGGUUUUUUUUGUGGCGGGGGGGUGGUUUAAGAUUUUACUUAUUUAUUUGACAGAGAGAGAGGGACAGCAAGAGAGGGAACACAAGCAGGGGGAGUGGGAGAGCUAAGCAGGGAGCCCGAUGCCGGGCUUGAUCCCAGGACCCUGGGAUCAUGACCUGACCUGAAGGCAGAUGCUUAAGGAUGGAGCCACCCAGGCACCCCACCCAUUAGUGUUUUUAAUGGAGGGUCAUUAUGUAGGCAUAAUUGAUUGAAUCAUUGACCACUGGUCAUCAACUCAAUCUCCAGCCCCUCUCCACUCCAGGGGAUGGGGGUGAAAGUUCUAGUCACAUGGUUGGUUCCUCUGGCAACCAGCCCCUCCCUAUUCCUGAAGCUCUUUAGGACCCCCAGCCACCAGUCUCCAUUAGCAUACAAAAUGACACUCUUAUUACCCCCAGAGAUUCAAAGGGUUUUAGAAGCUUCCUGUGUUGGGAACCAGGGAGAAAGAUGAAAUGUUAUAACAAAAGAUGUUCCCACCAUCCCUAUCACUGAAGAAAUAACAAAGGUUUUAGGAAUUCUAUGCCAGAAACUGGGGAAGAAGCCCAAAUAAAUAUUUCUUUAUUAUAUCACAAUAUUACAUUUUAUGUCUGUGUAAUAGUUUAGCUCUUUAGAGUUUUAGAUUCAAAAUGAUUUUCCUUUAGAACUUUGUAGGUCAUCCUCCAGUGCCCUUACUUGAUCUUACUGUGGACUAAGUACUGUUGGUAAAAGCAGGUUCAGGAACCAGAAUUUGUUCACUUCUUUGUUCCAGCCAAUUUACACAAGUCUCAUUUCCUUUUCACAACGUUCCUAUUUUCAGAAGAAGCUAAGAGGUGAAAAAAGUUCAUUCACUUAGUAAAUAUUUUUGGAGUGCCUACUAAAAGAGCUCAGUCUACUCAGAAGAAUGACACCGAGAAAGCUGAUGUCAACACUGUAGGAAGCACUGUUACCGGGCUCCACAGGUUCUUGCUUUUCCAAACAGAGAGGGCAGUGCAUGAAGCCAGGGGUCGUCAGCCAUGCUCCAGACAGUGUGGUCCCAGGAGCCAGUGACCUUUGAGGAUGUGGCCGUGUACUUCACCCAGAAUCAGUGGGCCAGCCUGGACCCCAUGCAGAGGGCCCUGUACCUAGAGGUGAUGCUGGAGAAUUAUGCAAACAUAACUUCCUUGGCAGCAUUGCCAUUCCCCAAACCAGAUCUGAUACUCCAGCUGGAGCAAGGGGAAGCACCAUGGGACCUGGAUCCCUGGACACCCCUUGAGGGAGAGGCCCUGGAAGGUGUCCACACAGGUGGUAAAAACAAGACUGAGAGUGAGGAGCAAAGCCCAAGACUAAACAUUUCUAAAGACUCAGCGGCCCAUAGACUGAUGGCGGAGGGGCUGCUCACAGAAGCUCCCCAGCACCCUCACCUUAAGGACAACUUAGGCAGGCCACAGCCGUGUGACGCAGGGGAGAAACCAAACCAAGGAGGUUUCACGGACUUGCUGGUCCAGGACUACAGAUCCCCCGUCAUCAAAAGGGAGGAGGCAGGCAGGAAGCCGGAAGGAAGCACCGGUGUCAGCACCCACCUCCUGUCAAAGCAGGGCCUCCCUGGAGGACCGGCGUUUUACAAAUGUGGUGAGUGUGGCCGAUAUUUCAGCCAACAUUCAGACCUUCUGCAGCAUCAGAGGAUUCACACUGAUGACAAGCCCUACAAGUGCAGAGAGUGCGGGAAAGCCUUCAGGUAUAACUCAAAACUCUCCCGACACCAGAAAACCCACACCGGGGAGAAGCCUUACUCGUGUCAGGAGUGUGGACAAGCCUUCGGUCAAAAUUCCCACCUCCUUCAGCACCAGAAACUCCACAGUGGAGAGAAGCCCUUCGGAUGUCAGGACUGUGGGAAAACCUUCAGCUACAACUCAAAACUCAUCCGGCAUCAGCGAAUCCACACCGGGGAGAAACCCUUUCAGUGUAAGGACUGUGGAAAGGCUUUCCGGUGUAGCUAUGACCGAAUCGUUCAUGAGCGCACCCACACAGGGGAGAAGCCCUACGAGUGUCAGGAGUGCAGGAAAAGUUUCAGUUCAAAUUCAGUCCUCAUCCAGCACCAGCGCAUCCACAGCGGGGAGAAGCCCUACACGUGUCAGGAGUGCGGGAAGGCCUUCCGCCGGAGCUCCGUGUUUCUCCAGCACCAGAGGCUCCACACUGGGGAGAAGCUCUACAAAUGCAAAGAGUGCUGGAAAACGUUCAGCUGUAGCUCCCGCUUUACAGUGCACCAGCGCAUCCACACCGGGGAGAAGCCCUAUGGCUGCCAGGAGUGCGGGAAGGCCUUCAAUCAGAAGGUCACCCUGGUCCAGCAUCAGCGGCUCCACACCGGGGAGAGGCCUUACGAGUGCAAGGUGUGCGGGAAAGCCUUCAAGUGGAGCGCAAGUUUCAUUCAGCACCAGAAGUUGCAUGCUCCCAAGAAGGCCACCCAAGUGACAGGGCCAGCCGCGGUUGGGCCCCGCUGCCCCGCUUCCGGCCGCCCCCCUCUGCCUGCCCAGCACGAGCGCUCUGCCCCCUCUGGGCCAGCGGCCGCCCCGUCUUCCCUGCACCCCACGCUCCUUCCUCCCUCCCUGCCUCUCUUUGUGCUGCUCCCCUCGUCUGAAAUGGCCAGUUCUUCCCCUGUUCAAAUAGUGCAUUGCUUUCAGGAUCUGACUUCCACUGGGAGCCUGAAUCCUUUGUCCCACUCCCCAUGAGCUCCCUCAUGUGCUCGGCCACCCACCCACCUAGAGUUACCAGUUUCCCCGGGCUCCUGACCAUGACUGUGUUUGUCUUCUGGGCCCAUGGAGUCAUUAUUGUUUUCCCAACUCCAUUUAUGUUCUCACGCGUAAGAACCAUGUUUGACUCCUCUCUUCCAUCCCCUGGGUGGGAAAUGGUAGGAGUUGUCCUUUAUGGUGUCCAGUUUGGGCCUGUAUCCAUCAGUCUGCACCUGCCUUCUCUACUAGACUUGGUAGAGUUUACAGAACACUUUGGGGCUUAGGGGUAUGGCAUUCCAAUGACAUGGCCUGUUGUGAUUCAAGAAAUAUGGGAGGAGGUAAGCAGAGAAAGUAUCCAGUGAUGGCUUUCAGGAAUUAAGGAGGGCCAUUUGGUGGGGCAGUAGCAAGGCUCACCAUGUGGAAUCGGAGCCCAGGACUUCUUAUUACCUCGAUAAUGACCAUGAUGAGGAUCCUGUGUAACUAAGCAAGAGACCAAGGAAAUAACCAGUAAAAAGAAUAUGAAGUGAUGAGUCAGCAUUGAUAGCAAGAAUGUAAAAUCAUGUCUCUAAACUUGGUUGGAAGGGGAUGUGGCUUUUCUGUUUGGGUUCCUUUUCUAUUCCUGUCCACAUCCUUGUUUAAUUUCAGUGCCCACUCAAACACGUAGGUACGAAAGUGACUUGGGCCCAUGCAGUAGAGGGCAGGUGCCUGGGUGUAACCAUCUCUCAAUACACAUGGAGUGAACCUGUUGGCAACACACUGUUGGCGAGCCUCUGAGGGAGGGAGAGAAAUCUGACCCUGACUUGCUGUAGCUCUUGCCUCAGAGAGUUCAUAACUAAUCAAACACACACUCAGAUGUGUUCUCACACCUACUCCAUGUCCUCUCUGAUUAAAUCUGAAUUUUUGAGUCCUGGUACUUUUAAGUUAAUUUUAUAAUGAACUACUUUGAUAACACCAAGAAGUGUGUAUGGACACUAAUCUUUCUUUUAAGAUUUUAUUUAUUUAUUUAUUUAUUUAGAGUGUGCAUGAGCUGGGCAGGGUGGGGGGUGUGACAGGGCAGAGGGAGAGGAAAAGGGAGAAUCACAAAUUACAAGCAGACUCUGUGCGGAGCGCUAGUCAGAUGCAGGGCUCCAUCUGAUAACCCUGAGAUCAUUACGUGAGCCGACAUCAAGAGUCCCACACUCAACCGACUGUUGAGUGUGGCCCCCUGUUGGUGGGCACUAAUCUUACCAGAUGUUAUGGUGCCACUGGUUUGGCCAUACUUUCCAUCUAGUGGUAUGGGCCCUGAUCCUUCUCACAAUCACUGCUUCAGGACAGUGUAGCAACAUGGGAAGGUACUUUAAGUAGUUAAGCAGGAAUACAGCACUAAGGAAAAGAUAUGCACACUGUUAUGAUAACACCAUACAAUUAUGUCUGCAAGCAAGGGCAUAAAGAAAUAUUUUGGUUUUGGCUUUGGUUAGGCUUAUCGAGAUACACCUUAUAGCCUUUACCCUUUUAAAGUAGACGGUUUGGUGAGUUUUGACAAAUGAAUACAGUUAUGUAAUCAAGAUAAAAUUUCCAUCACCCUCAGCAUAGGGAGAAAUUUAAAUGCUUUGUGGGAUGUUGGAGAUUUUUCUUUAUUUUCUUCCUUGAUAAGGUUUGUAUAAUACAUAGAAUUCAGGAGAAGAAAAGGCAGAAACCAAACUUACCUUCCCAGCUAUAGUCAGAGCUUCCAGACUGCAAAAUGCAAAGAUCCCUCAUCUAGAAUCGCUGUUUAGAAAAGCAGUCAAAAUGUAGGAAAAUGACAAUGA